CCAAUAAUUAUCAAUUCAAUUCAAUAUUAUCUCACAAGAAGAUGGCCGCUGUCCUUGAAAAGGCACUUUUAAAAGCACGUGAUGCUUUUCAUCGAAAUAUUACUAAAGAUAUCAAUUUUCGUAUCAAACAAUUGGAACAAUUGAAAAGAUGUCUGAACGAAAAUCAAGAAGAAAUUGUCAAAGCUUUGGAUGCCGAUUUUCGAAAGCCUCGUAUGGAAACUAUUAUCAGCGAAAUUGAUUUUGUCACCAAGGAUAUUGAAUAUCAAUUGAAACAUAUUCGUGAAUACAUUAAACCUAGAUAUGUAGAGAAGAAAGGUGUUGCAACUCUUCUGGACAAUUGUCAUGUUAAACAUGAACCAUAUGGUGUUGUGUUGAUAUUUUCGGCAUGGAAUUAUCCAGUGCAAUUAUUAUUGAGUCCAUUAGUUGGAGCUAUAACGGCCGGUAACUGUGCUAUAAUCAAACCAUCAGAGGUAGCUUCAAAUUGUGAAAAAUUGAUGGCUGAAUUGCUUCCAAGAUACUUGGAUCGUGAAUGUUUUCAUGUCAUCACUGGUGGACCUGAAGAAGCUACACGAAUGUUGAACGAACGUUUCGAUAUGGUAUUCUUUACUGGAUCUACUUCUAUUGGAAAAAUGGUUUAUAAUUCGGCUUCCAAAUUUUUAACUCCAGUCGUUUUGGAAUUGGGUGGAAAAAGUCCCGUUUAUAUGGAUGAUUCAAUUAACAUGGAAAUUGCUGUCCGACGAUUAUUAUGGGGAAAAUGUAUGAAUAGUGGUCAAAUCUGUAUCGCACCUGAUUAUCUACUCUGUACGAAAGAAGUGAAAGAGAAAUUCAUCAACAUUGCAAACAAAGUGUUGAAAGACUUUUUCGAAGGCGAUGCAAAAAAAUCUGAAAGCUUUGCCCGAAUCAUCAAUGAUAAAAACUUUGAUCGUUUACAGAAUUUGAUCAAUUCUACUAAUGGAAAAAUUGUUAUUGGUGGUGAUACCGAUAAAGAAACGCGAUACAUUUCGCCAACGAUAGUCACCGAUGUGAUCUCUUCUGAUUCUUUAAUGAAAGAAGAAAUAUUUGGACCAAUCUUACCGAUUAUUACGAUUGAUUCGGUGGAAGAGGCAAUUGAAUUCAUCAAAAGAGGAGAAAAACCAUUGACAAUGUAUUUGUUUACGAACAAAAAACAAGUCUAUCAAAAAUUUAUCAAUGAAACAUCAAGUGGUUCAGUUGCUGUCAAUGAAACUAUUCUUCAGAUGACUGUUGAUGAGAUGCCUUUUGGAGGUGUUGGUCCAUCCGGUAUUGGAAACUAUCAUGGCCGUUUUUCAUUCGAAGCAUUUUCACAUAAAAAAUCGGUCAUGAUUAAAGAUUAUAAUCCUAUUAUAGAAUUAAUAGCCAGUUGUAGAUAUCCACCUUACAACGAAAGCAAAUUGAAAAAGUUGAGAAUGCUAGUCGGACGAACAUUUAUUGACGAUAUUAAUUUUGGCAAAUUAUUCGGUUAUUUGAUGACAUUUUUGUUUGGCGCCAUUGCUGCAAUCACAGUGUUCAUAUUGAAUGAUAAAUUCUUAUAAUCGAAUUAAAGAGUGAUACUAACAAAAGAAAUCAAGACUAUAAAUGUUUUGUCUUUAAUAAAUGUUUAUUGAUUCAAUUAUAAACUAUGGGUGGAUGGAUAAUGUGAAUAAAGUCAUGACAAAAAUAAAAAA